UGCAGAAUUCAUUCUUCAAUGUUUUUCACGUGUUGGGAAAGACGAAAUUGAAUUGUUUGAAAGUAAAAAAUUUUAUACUCGCAAAUAUUUUCGUGCAUGUUUUCAUUGUCGUUAGAGAACUGCGUAAUGGAUUAGGAUAUCUAAUCAAACAUAGUUGUAUGUAUAGUUCAUUGUUAAUAACAGUUUGCCGCCAAUUCGGAGCUUAUCUUGACAACAUGGUUGCUUGUUUUCCUUUAACUCGACAUUUCAUUUCCCAUGUGGAGUUUGUCAUCAUAUGGUUUAUGAUAGUACUCAAAAUAAGUGAUUAUUGGGUUGAAACGGGGGGCAGUGAAUUAUUGCCAGCAAAAUGGAUUUACUAUUCAAAAUUUGUAGACCAAACAUAUCAGAAAUCAUUUGCUUGUAUUGGACUAAGUUGUUCAACUAUCUUAAGUUAUUCAAUCCUUGUUAAAAGGAUUUGUCCCUUGUGGAAUAUUGCCUUAGGUUCUCUGUGGAUUACUAUGCUUUUUUUGAUCUCUCCAAUUUGGAAAAUAGGAGUUUCUUUUAUCCUUUGCAUAGUUGCAAGUAUCAAAAUUAUUUCUGAACUUCUACAGAGAAAAUCAAAACAAGCUUGUAAAUCUAAAAUGAUUAAAAUUGAAAGUUCACAUAUGAAUCUUUCAAAGUCCCCAAACCCACCUUGUGAUUUAGAUCUGAGCAAAUUAGAUAUAGGCUCACCAAGAAAAACUAAAACAAGUACACCUAGCAUUUCAUCAAUUGUCCAGUCACCAGGAUUUGCAAAACCUAGACCUCUUAUCUCACCAUCUAGGCUUUCUUCAUCAAGUAUCAUCAGAUCAUCUCCAGAAACUAAUCUGACGAAAGCUUCUUGGGUCGCUGGUGGAUAUUGGCAGGGUAACAAUUGGCCUGCUCCGACUUUUUCUUCCCCUAGUCACAACACCGCCCUCACCCGUUCUUCCAGUCAGAGUUCGGGAUUUGGUUCCAUCCAAACCGGCCUUUUAAAUCGCAGCCCUCCGGAUUCAAGACCAGACUCAACUCUUGAAGACGACCGGUUUUCAGUGUUCUCCGAUAAUCUUGAUCAACGCUUUACCGAUUCAAGCCUUCGCUAUCAGGAAAACUCACCUUGUCUGUAUCAAUACCCUAAUAACGAAUUGUCUCGCAAAUCUCUAAUAUCAUCCAUUUCAUCCACCAAUGAUUCUGUCCACCACAUUUCCACAAUUCCUUCAACCACGCAAUGGUCCUGGUUACCAUUCAUGUUUGGGUUCAGUUUGGCUGUUAACGUAUGCGUUUUGACUUAUUUUGUUUUCUUACAUUCUUCCAAAAUUGGAGGUGUUCUUUAGCUGUAUUCACCAUGAACAUUCAAACGUGAUUAGAAAUAUACUUCAAUUGCGAAGAAUAA